GCAACAAACAGUGCAGUGUGCAUUAAAAUAGUCUACACCCAUCCGCGCAAAAUGGAAGAUACCAACCAAAGCCAAUCCUGAAAAACACUGAAACGGAAGAAGAACGUGGGUUCCAUCGGUUCCGUACCAACAACGCAGGGUUUAUCGUUAACAAUUAACAUCCAUCCAUUCGACCCCCAAUUCCCGUUUGCUUUUGCUUGUAUGCUGAAAGCGAUUCCUCUAAGAUGAAGAGGAGAAAGCGCAGUGAGAGCAAAAUGGAAGACAGACUGAGCGACUUACCCGAUUGCGUUCUCCUCCACAUCCUAACAUUCCUGAACGCCAAACACGCCGUUCGAACGUGCGUCCUCUCGACGCGGUGGAAGAACCUCUGGAAGUCCCUCCCCACGCUCAUCCUCCACUCCUCCGACUUCUGGACCUUCAAGGGUUUCACCAAAUUCGUCUCUCGCCUCCUCUCCCUCCGCGACUCCACGCUCACGCUCCACAAGCUCGAUUUCGAGCGCCACGGUUGCAUCGAGCCGCAACUCCUCAAACGCAUCGUCAAAUACGCCGUUUCUCACCACGUCCAGCACCUCGGAAUCUCCGUCAAGUGCGACAUUCGCGACAUUCCCCCCUGCAUCUUCUCCUGCCACACGUUAACCUCUCUCAAACUCUCCGUCUGCCCUAGGGGCUACAUCUACGGCAGCACGCUGUUUCCGAAAUCCCUCGCUCUCACGGCGUUAACGGCGUUGCAUCUGCAGCAUUUCACGUUUUGCAAAAGCGAUGACGACAGUGCUGAGCCGUUUUCGGCUUGCACUAGGUUAAAGGAUUUGACUAUUGACUAUUGUACCGUGAAGGAUGCGCGGGUUCUCUGCAUUUCAAGUGUUUCGCUUGCGAGUUUAACUAUGCGUUCUGAUCAGUCUGAGGAUUUCUAUAAAAUUGCGCUGUCUACGCCGAAUUUGAGGGCGCUAGGUUUCACUGGUGCUCCUUUUCAGCAACUCAUUUGGAACAAUGUUUCUAAGCUUGAACGAGUGUGUAUUGAUGCGGAAAUUUGGUCUACUUCGUUGGAGUCUCCUUUGAUUCUGUUGAGCUGGCUGCUGGAGCUUGCUAAUAUAAAAGCAUUGACGGUGUCGGCAAGUACUCUUCAGGUUCUAUUCUUAAUUCCUGGGUUGUUGAAGAUUAAACUCCCUUGCUUGGGUCACUUGGAGUCGUUGAGAGUGGAACUGAAACCACUUUCACCUAUAUUUUCCAUGAGACUCAAAGCUGCCAAGUCGUGGAAAGCAGCAUUGAAACCAUCUCCGCCACCUAUACCUGAUGGGAUAGUGGACUUUUUGAUUCAAAACUCGCCAUCAGCAAAAGUUGACAUGAUAAAUUUCUCAAGGUGAAUCAAAUGAAGAUACAACGGAGAAGCAUCAACCCAAAUCCACUACUAGAUAGUUGGUGAAGAGUGCUUAAAUUUCUUCUCACAAUGCCAUUUUUGUUAACCUUCAUUCUGGAUUCUAAGAAAAAGAUGACUUGAGAUGUUAGUUACAAGUCGAGGAGCAAUUUUUUUUUUCUGCUAACUUUAGUGAAACAUCUGCUGUCUCAUUUGACAAUACAUCUGGAUGUCCAUAAGAUCUCCCUUGCUGAACGCAAUGCCCAUUUUAAACCUAAAUUCUUAUAUACAGUUCGCACAACUGAUGGGAGUAUGCCUCAUUAUGCUAAAAGCUAUAUUCUAAUGUACGAAUCAUGCGCUCUGUCAUUUGUAUGUGUGCAUAGUCUGCAUAUGCAUGGGUCCCUUUUGUUUUUGGAGCCUUCAUGAAUCAUUUAGUUCCUACUAGACAUGAAUAUUGUUGAGUUUCGAUAUUCUAUUGAGAUAAUUUAUGUUUUUUGUUGAUAUAA